AUGUAUCAUAUCAAGGAACCGCUAAUCACCCAGUGUCUGAGUGAUAUUCACACGAUGAACGGGCAGUCGAAUAUACCGAUUCAGGAUCAAGUCGGAAACUAUACUAACAGUUCUUAUCAGGUCCCGGUAUCAUUGCUUGGCUUCUCUGCGCUAGAUGUUGAAAAUAAUUAUCCGUCAGAUCCUGUUAUCAACCAUUCAUCAAUUUCAUACAUUCUUACGCAAAUGCCAAUGCAAACUUCACUUUCAUCUAACGACACUAACAUAAUUAAUGAGCCCACUAACCCUGGAUAUGUUGUUAUGAAAGUAGAGUGUACUCACUUAGGCAGGAUAUUAGCUGCUGACAUUGAAAAAUAUUACCAACACCUCAAUAAUUAA